ACAAAGGACGGUGACGUCAAAUGGUAGCCAAUGAUAUCCAAAAACAUUUAUUAGGUAUUUUACCCUGAGACAUUAGAUCUUUCAAGUAAUGCAGGAUUAGUCUUAACUGAACAUCACAACCCUCAAAAGACGAAAUUAACAAUUGAUAAACGCCUGCGUGUGGACGUGCGGAAAAUGUCACUUUUUCUCGUGAAAAGACCCCGCACGUAGACAAUUGUUAUACUACAUUUAUUCAAUUAAUGAUGCCGGGAUUAAAUUUUUAAAUUCUAAGAAAUAUGCAGAAAACGUAUGUCUUCUUUAUCAACCCUUCCUUUCACAGCAAGCGUACCAGGGUGAAGGUAAUUCUUGAAACAUAUUAACAUGCAAAUUUGAAUCGUUUUCGAUGCGUGACAUCUCCUCCUCCCGCGCUGAUUACCAUUCUUCUUCUGUUUGAACAUCUUUCAAACGACACAGAUUGUCAAUCUUUUCAGUCACUCUUACAUUUCGUGGUGAAUACUGGCUUUGAGCGGUCAGAAAGCUACACGAGUACAUAUGUAGAAUAAUUGUGGGUGGACGUAGCUUCCACUCUGAUUAACUUUAUCACGCUACAUUACGGUACAUGGUAUCAACAUAUUGACUCAAGUGGGACCAGUCGACUGUAUCGAUCGUUAAUCUGUCCAUUGAAAUUAACGAGUUGAUGUGAAUUACAAGCGAAUGCAAUGAAGGCUAAUUUAAAACAGCAACGUAAGACAGCCCGAGUGUUCUUUAGUUCGCCAUUUGGUGGACUGGAAGAGGAGAGAGAAGAAUUAACGAAGAAAUACUGGCCUCAGUUGGUUUCUAUGUGUAAAAGAGCCGGAUACGAGUUUGUGCCUGUUGACAUGAGAUGGGGAAUAACAUCCGAGAUGUCGUCUAAUGCUGCUACAAUCGAGAUUUGCCUACGAGAAAUGGAUCGAUCUGAUAUGAUAGUGGGUUUCUUUGGACAGAGAUAUGGUUGGCAUGGAUUGGACAACCUUUUACAGAAAAGCUUUGAUGUCGCAGCUGUGAAAUAUCCUUGGGUUAACGACUAUCGUGAGAAAGCUGUGACUGAGUUAGAGUUCUUACAAGGCCAUCUGAGAAACCCUGGAAAGAGAGCAGCUUGCUUCUUCUUUAGAGAUAAGUCUUACGACGAUAUGAAAUUGAAGUUAGCCGAAGAAGCUGAAGACGAAAGACAGGCACGGAAGUUCCGGUCAUCAACCGAUGGCCCUAAGGCUGCCAAGUACUUAGAGGACUUGAAACGAAGAGUCUACGAAACCAAAGAUAAAUGUUUAGCUGUCCACAUGAACUACAAAAAUCCACAAGAAGGGGCCCGAUUAAUGUACGAGGCAAUAGAGAAGUAUCUGCAAGAAGUAAUGUUAGCUCGCCCUGUUCAGAAGUUGUCAGCUUUGGAGGAGGAGCGUGCCCACCAUGAUGCGUUUAGAGUCAGUAGGCUUGCCAUGGGUGGCGUUUUUGUGGGCGGGGAUGACUACUUAAGUCGACUUGACAACCACGUCAAGUCUCAAAGCACAGAGGAAAGUCCUAAACAUCUGGUUGUAACUGGGGAUGCUGGGUCUGGAAAAUCAUGUUUGCUAGGAACCUGGUCCUUGCAUCACCAAGAGAAAUUUCCCAACGACGCUGUGGUGUAUCACUUUGCGGGUAGUUCUAGUGAUAGUACUGUGCCGAGGAAGAUAUUAAAGCGUCUUCUGGAGGAACUAAACGGUUGGUUCAAACAGAAGACACAGACUAACCAACAGGAACUCGGGGGGCAACCACAGUCAACAGAACCGGGUAAUAUUAAUGAAGACGUUCUUGGUCUCAUUCGAAACCUGUCAGAAAUGGUGCAGAGGAUCACCCGAGCCGGCUUUCGCAGUGUAAUUAUUAUUGAUGCUCUGAACAAAGUGGACGACACUGGAAAAACAGCGAAGACCUUAUAUUGGUUGCCAAAGGUACUGCCUCCAAAAGCCCACCUUCUAGUGUCUGUAAUUUCUACAGACGGUCCAAAGGUGACUGAAUUGACUGAAGACAGAGGCUACUCUGUUAUUAACAUGAUGCCAUUGAAGGAGAAGGAAAGAGAAGAUAUUGCAUUGGCAACGCUGAAAGUCCGUGGAAAAGCCUUAUCAACAGAGCAAAAAGCGAAAGUUGUGGGCAAGACGCAAACGGGAAAUCCUCUCUAUCUUAAAAUAUUACUGGAGGAAUUAUGCAGCUUUGGAGAGUUCUUUCAACUUGAUGCCUAUCUUGAUGGUCUUCUUGAGACGAACGACACUAAAGAGCUUUUUCUUAAAUUUCUUCAACGUUUGGAAGCGGAUUAUAUCCCUAGAGAAUUUGAAGGAAAUUUGAUUAAAGAUGUCAUGUGUUGCAUUUUGGUGGCUCGACAAGGAAUGUCUGAGAAAGAACUGAAGUCGAUUCUUCAUAUAACCGACCAAAUGUGGUCUGUUCUGUACUUCGCAGUAGAAGAGUUCAUUUUGGAGCGGACUGGGCUUUACGGGUUUUCACAUGACGAAUUAUCUGCCGCGGUAAAAGAGCAAUACUGCCAGGACGAGGCAACUAUCAGGCAUUAUAUCAUGUUAGAGGUGGAAUAUUUUGAAGCGCGAUUGAAGGAGAGAGAUUUGGUUUACGACACUAACAUUCCAAAGCGCGUCUGCAUGGAACUACCGUGGCUUCUGGCAAAAUCUGGAGACAUAGAUCGACUUGUUAAGUGUCUCACGACUGCUUCAAUCUUCUGGUCACUCUACAGUGAUGAGAACAAGUAUGACUUAGUAAACUACUGGAACGCAACUGGGUUAACAGGGGAAGAAAUAACUGCUUUGUAUCAAAAGACAGUUGAUGAUCAGCUGACAAUACUCUAUAUCAGAGAACGAGAGAAAGGAGGAGAAACUAUCAAUGCUGUCAAAAAGCUAGCCCGCUUAGUCUUCCAGAUGUCCCAGUUCCAAAGUGUUGCAGGACAUAUGACAGCAGUUGAACCACUACUCAAGAGAGCUUUAGACUUAGAGAAGUCAGUAUAUUCAGAAGAACAAAUCCGCAGUGAUUCGGAUGUAGCUGAGCACUACACGGAGGUGGCCAAUGCGCUUGCGUGCCUUUAUGUGGAUACUGAACGCUUCGAUGAUGCCGAACCACUGCAUAGGGAGGUUCUUGAGCUGGAUGAAAAGUUCGCAGAUCAGAGAGAGCGAGGUUGGUCCAAAGUAGCGACUACAUUAAACGGUCUUGGUGUGUUAUAUUACAAGACAAACAAAUUUGACGAGGCUUUGGAAUAUUACAACCGAUGUCUUGAGCUUCAUCGUCGAACCUUGCCACCCACUCACCAUUUAAUUCCAGACACACUUAACAACAUUGGUGCUUUGUAUAAGUCCAUGCUACGCUGGGAGGAUUGUGCUAGAGUUCUCGAGGAAGCUCUACAGGCCUACGAAGAAGCAUACUUUGGCCAACUUCCGCCGGAUGUGGGUGGCACACUGCUGAACCUUGGAAUGGCUUAUUACAGGACCCACGACGCCAGCAAAGCAGAGCCAUUAUACCUCAGAGCCCUGGACAUUCGUACCAAAGCAUAUGGCCCGGACCAUCAUGAUGUUGGUCAGACAUUGCUAAGCUAUUCUGCAUUCUUGCUCCCUGUGGACGCAAAAAAAUCAGCGGACGCCGCAAAACGAGCAGUUGAAAUUAUGGAGAAAUCGUUAGGACCAGAGCACAUAAACACACUGAACGCUCAGGAGAAUGCAGCGAUAGCCCUCGCCAAGGAGGGAAAGUUUGAUGAGGCUCAUCCAUUCUUCAAGAAAUCAGGAGUGAUUCGACAUGAGAAAGGUCAAAUGAAUUCAUCGAUUCCAAUUUUGAAUUCUGUCAUGGCUGAUUACUACCUCAAUAACGGUCACAGUGAGGAGGCGAGGCAGUUGUUUGAGAGACUGGUAGGAACAGAUUUCGCGACGGACAGAGAUUUUGCUGCUCUGGACUUUUUGGAUGAUGAACUACUGGGAGAAAAUAGACCUGAGAGGCCGUAUGAGGAAACGGUGGAUUAUGGUCUGGAAAAAUUUCCAUCUAGCUCAAUGAUUUUCGGGAGAAAGCUCCCCAAGCUCGCCGAAAGCGGAGACUCCCAAAGGACGCUGAAAAUUUUAGAAAAAGGUGGUUUUGGUCCAGAGAAGUACAAUGAAUCAUAUCAGAGUUUUGUUGCGAAAAAUCAGAGACAAGAAGGUCUUGAUAUAAUAAAGACUGCACAUGAGAAAUUUCCGAAUGACCCAGUCAUUCUUCACAACUUGGCAUCAUGCCUUGCAUUCUACAAGGACUAUGUCAAGGCCUGUACAUACUUCAAGAAGCUGCUGGAUUUAGAACCAGAGAACACGGAAGUUAUGGGUAGCUAUGGACGUGUAUUAGCGAUGGCAGGAGAAGUCGAGGACUCUAAGAAAAUACUGGAAAAUGCGUUGCAUCUUGCAGAGGAAAGACACGAAGAACAACUUAUAGAGCAGUUUAAGUCGUACCUGAAUCUGUUAAACGAAACGUAGGCGUCGUAAUCAAGGUCUACCAGAACACUUGGUAUUCGAUGGUAUGGAGUCUCCUGACUAUCCAACUGUUCGCAAAUAUUGUUAUGUUGGAAAAAGAUGAUUACUUAUUGUAUGUAACACUAGUCAAGAGUAGGACUAAGAAAUAUAAUGUAACAUAAACUCCGAAAACUUUUUUGCAAACUUUCCAGUAGGAGCAAGUGCUACUGACUGCAGAAAAUAAUGAACGUGACAUUUCGCUUCUCAUUACAGGACCUUUAUCGAACAUACAGAAAGUAAUGAUAGGUCAACUUAAAUAAAGGGCCACAAGCCAAGGCCUCCGCCUCUUUGUAUCGCGUCCAAUCUAAUGAAAGAUCAUUUCCUGAGAAAUACAUGUAUGGUCAUGUAGUUCAGGUGCUGAUCACCGCUGGAGCCAAUAUAGUGCUCUACAAUGAAGGAGCUAUUGUAACAAUAUGUAUGUUAAUUACAAUGCCACAAGAAAAAAUUAGUCACAAUAAGUAGAUUUUCCCCUGCGCACUUUGACCAUUAAAUUUCACAGUUUUAAAAUUAAUGAUUCAAUUAGUUUGUCACUUCUGGUAGAAGGCUGCUGGGUCAGCAAGCAUUUACAGGAAAAUACGUUUUCAAUCAUCAACUUGAGCCAAUGCUCGGCGGAUAGAAGGAAAUGGUCAAAUGUAUAUAUACGAGUAUUAUAAACACAAAACGUUUCUAUGUAAAUAAAACUGUUGUAAAAAACCAUUUGGUUAAAUAAAUUUUAACUGGC